AGGACUUGAGAUCUUCUUUUGGAAAAUUUAAAGAGUUGCUGGGAACAUAACAGUUCAGCACCCAGGAAUUAAGUGGACUUAGGAACAUGAAGUUACAAAUAUCCAUUCUUCUGAUGCUGCUUUCCAUGAACACUGCCUUUGGGGGCGAGGGCUAUUAUCCUGAACGAUACCAAAAACAAUCCAGUGUGAAGGGACCGCCUUUCUUACCUUACAUUACAAAAAGCCAUGUUUUACAGGCUAGAGGAGAGCAAGGCCCACCUGGUCCACCAGGCUCUCCUGGUCCAAGAGGGCAACCAGGCCCUGCAGGGAGUCCAGGGAAACCAGGUUAUGGCAGCCAAGGACAACCAGGACCAGAAGGGCCACCAGGGCCACCAGGACAUUCGGCUGUUGGAAAGCCAGGCCUGCCAGGUUUGCCAGGAAAACCAGGUGACAGAGGAUUUCCAGGGGAAAAAGGAGAUAUGGGACCUGCUGGUCUCCCAGGGCCAAGAGGGUUACCAGGAGCCAAUGGAAUCCCUGGUCCAGCAGGAAUUUCUGUUGCUGGCAAACAAGGACAACCAGGGCCACAAGGGCAAAGAGGUAUUCCUGGAGAAAAAGGUGAACCUGGCAUUCCUGGAAUAAAUGGACAGAAGGGAGAAAAUGGAUAUGGAAUUCCUGGUCGCCCAGGAGGAAGAGGACAGCCAGGAGCACAGGGGCCUCCAGGACCACCUGGACCUGCAGGGGUAGGGAGGCCAGGAGACAGGGGAUAUUCAGGGCAUCCAGGUAUUAAAGGUGAACGGGGUUUACCAGGCACACCAGGACCAGUUGGUAACCCAGGACCCCAAGGGAUUUCUGGGCCUCCUGGAGAGCCAGGAAUAGGAAAACCUGGUCCAGCUGGACCACCAGGAUUGCCAGGAAUUGCAGGAGCAAAAGGACUUCCAGGCCCUUCAGGCUUUACUGGACCUCCUGGUCUUCCAGGAUUUGGAAAACCUGGGCUACCAGGGAUGAAGGGACAAAGAGGUCCUGAAGGCCUAAAUGGCAUUCCAGGAAUAAAAGGAGAACACGGUCCAGCUGGUGCUCCAGGGGAACCAGGGCCAGUUGGACCACCUGGGCCAAUGGGCCCUCAAGGGCUGAGAGGUGCAUCUGGUGCAAAUGGUUUUCCUGGGGCUAAAGGUGAAAGAGGUCCUGUAGGACCAGCAGGUUUCCCAGGAAUUAAAGGGGAGAGAGGUUUUCCAGGACUAGAGGGAAAAUCAGGAGAGCCAGGAGAGCCAGGACUUCCUGGGCCAAAAGGACACCCAGGUUUGCCAGGUUCUAAAGGGGAUGCUGGCCAUGUUGGGUCUCCUGGCCUACCAGGCUCAAUGGGUUCACCAGGUCCUAAGGGAACAGCAGGAUAUAAUGGAGCACCAGGUCCAAGAGGCCCACCUGGAAUACCUGGUACAAGAGGUCCUGUUGGCCCACCAGGUAUCCCAGGAUUCCCUGGCAGUAAAGGAGAACAUGGGACACCAGGAUUACCUGGUCCAGCUGGUAUCGCAUCAAGGGGCUUAGAUGGACCUACUGGGCCUCCUGGUCGGCAAGGUCCAAAAGGCAACCAUGGAGAACCUGGAUUGCCAGGUCCUCCAGGUCCUCCAGGCCCUCCAGGACCAGCAAUAUACCCAGAAGGACAGGCACUAGCAGGCGUGCCUGUUAUCAAAGCUGGUGCAAGCCAAGGCAUAAUUGGAAUGCCAGUUUCAGCUUUCACUGCCAUGCUUUCAAAAGCGUUUCCUACAUCAGCAAUCCCUAUUAGAUUCGAUCAGGUUUUGUACAAUAGACAACAACACUAUGACCCCAGGACAGGGAUUUUCACAUGUAGGAUUCCAGGACUUUAUUACUUUGCUUACCAUGUGCAUGUGAAAGGAACACAUGUUUGGGUUGGUCUAUACAAAAAUGGUUCACCCAUCAUGUAUACCUUUGAUGAGUAUAAGAAAGGAUACCUAGAUCAGGCUUCUGGUAGUGCUGUUGUUGAUCUCAUGGAAAAUGAUCAAGUCUGGUUGCAACUACCCAAUAAUGAGUCAAAUGGCCUGUACUCCUCAGAGUAUGUCCAUUCCUCUUUCUCAGGUUUCUUAUUUGCUCAAAUUUAACAUUAUCCCUCUACAAUAGAGUCAGUCUUAGUAUGUAUAUUUUUUCAUUUCUGUAUGUCCAGCAGAGGCUAGCUACAGAAAGCCCAUAGACAACACUAAACUUCUAACUCAAAAGCUGCAUGAUGUGCAGUUUUUAAUGAAAUUUUAAAGAAUUACAUCAUUCUUCACAAAAUAUUAUCAUAUGUUAAUGCUCCACAUAGAAAUGUGUUCAGUUAGAAAGAUAAUGCACAUGCCCCUACACUGAGAUUUGUUAGUCAUCUGAGAUUAGGUUUUAGGAAAGACCAGAUAAUUUUUCCCUUAUGCAAGCAUCAUAAUUCAUAGAAGUGUACAGGCACAUGCUCUUUCUUCACAAAGAAGUAUUUCCAAUUUCCUUAGGUGCUUCCUGCUUUAACCGACUUACUGCUAAUCUAAUAACAUUGUACAUUUCCAAACUUACCAUGUCAAGCAGAGUUACACUUCUAGGCCCAUGAAAUGCAAUGGAAACCAAAGAGUAACUCUGCUCAGGAUAGCACUGCUAGUAGGUUUAGGACUGCAGUCUAACACAGGUCAUUUGUUCUUGUUUCCAAGGUAGAUUAAAAUUAUUUUCAUUAUUUAAAUUAAUUUCAAGAUAGUAAACCAACACCAUAGCAACCUAAGUUCUUUUUUAUAAAAAAAAAUCAAUGGAGCUAACUCUAAUAGAGACAUAUUUAUGACUUGAGUUGUAAGUGGCAAACUCACUUAUGACAUUUUAUAAUGAUCACUUACUGAACUCAUUGUGAAACUGCUAUAACCGACCAAUAGGAAUAAUUAUCUUACCAUACCAAGUAAUGAACUAAUAAAGCUUUAACAUUUAUAUCAUAAAAUCAAAUCUAUGGUGCUACAGAUUAACUGGAAUGUUCUGAAGAAAAUUGGUUUUGUCAACAGCAGAUUUUGGCAUUAAAAGAAAAGUAUCCCAAAUACUUAAAAAAACCCCUCCUGCCGUACAUAUUAGAACAAAACUGCUAAUCAUGCAAUUUGUUGGAAACAAGUUAUUUUCUGUCCUAACCAAUACUAAGAACCUGAGCAAGAAAAAACAAGGAAUUUUGUUUUAGACUUAAUUUUAUUGACUAAAACUGGCAAUAUAAUCCUAAACAUUUGCAGUGAAUUAUUUGUUUUUAACCCCAGCAUACUAUCAGUUUUGUGGCACUGAACUGACGUGCAAAUGCCUUCACAGGUACUUGCAAAGGUCAUUUAAAAUAUCAGCUUGCUUGUCCCAAUGCAGCUCUUACACACACAAUGGCUAGUGGUCCAGGUGGAAUGUAAAUUCCCAUUCUAAUCACAAGGCAAAUCUAGCAGAUUCAAUGGGACUCAGAUAAGUAUCAACUGGAGGUCAUAUUGAGAUAUGCAGCUAUGUCAAACGAACUGUACAUGCAGAAGCUUGUAUUUCUGUUGCUUGACAAUAGCCAAUCACAUUCAUCAAAUAUAUUAAAACGUAUGAUAUAUUAAAUGUUUAAGGGAUACAAUUUUCACUCUUGUAUGAAUAUAGUUGUUAAAAAAUGUUUCAUUUUAUACAUCAUCCUGAACAGAGACUUGGUGUAUGGAAGAUUAAGAUGCAUCCACUCAGUAAUCUUGACAUAUUUUGUAUUAUUUAAGUUCACUUGUUUAAUCUUAUGGUGCUUUUACAAAUGUUCCACAAUAAGACAGGUUUUAAGUGGGAAAGAAGGCCGCUGAUAUUUUGACUCCCAUGAGUUGUUGUUUUUUGUGAUGUCAUAAUUGUACAUCGUCUUUAUUAUGUUCAUUUGAAACCAGCUUUUUACACUUUGUUCUAAACACUUUUAGCUGUGUUUUCAAAUAAAAAGUGAAACCUC